UGACAACCCUUCCUCCUUGUCUCCCAUUACCACGAUUUGAUCCCGUGCUGUCCCUUUAUGCAUCUAAGAACCUUUGGCACUGCGUGUCACGCAAGGCGUGGCACGUUCGCCUCCAGAACUUCGAAUCGUUGAGAAUGUUAGACUUCAGAUAUUCAUCAAGAUGAAGAAUGAUAAGGUGGUGGAAUCCUUAGAACAAUCUAGUAGUAGGUGAAAAGUAAGAUGCUCGUGUGAGAAAAGUAAGAUGAGUAAAGACCACUUGGUGAGAAGAUGCGUUCUUGUUUGUUUGUAUGUAUGCGCUAAGAAUAAGUAAACAAAAAUGGCAUUCAGAGGGCAAUCUAAAAUUUGUUGAGAAUUAGCAACAAGUAGUGGUUGAAGUAGAUGAACAAUCAUACCAGAAUUAUAGUUGUAGCAUUAGCAACAAGAGCAAGAGGCGCACCUGCUAAAAAAUCAAAAAAGCAAUGUAGCGUCUAAAAGUAAGUUCACUUGUUUUUUUUUCAUCGUUCGCGUUGGUUUGUUCUUGUUGUUCAUCGUUAGAUUUCGUGACUGCUUUUUUAAAAUUGGUUUUAAGUAGGUUCAGAAUGCGCUUGAAUUGUUGUGGGAUGAAAAAGUAAUGGUGAUGGUGAUCUUCUUGUUUUCCUUUUCCAUGAUUGAAAGUAUAGCUGUUAUCUUCAGGUCGUUUAUAAGAUCACUACCACGUACAUCUACAUUAUCUAUCAUUAGCCGCCGUAAUAUUGUUUGACUUUGAAUCUAUAAGUACUAUCAAUCAGCUUUCAUCUUUUUCUACUAGGUGUGCCAUUGCUGGAAUGCUGCUUGUUAUACUAAAAAUUGUGUUUGUGAGACGCUGAUACUCAUUUGCUUUACAAGAUGGACGAGGAUUGGUAUCCUUAUGUCAAAACGUUUCCUAAAAGUAAUAUCGUCGACCGAUCAUUCUUCUUCAAGGUUUGAAGGGUGAUUGAUUCGUCUAUACAUGCUUAGCUGGUUUCGAAGGCAAUCCAUGGUUGGAUUGCUCUUCUAUGGCCAACAUCAACAGCCUCAAGGAGGCCUCCAUGGCGCCGUUCCUUUAAUACAAAUAGAAAAGGGACUCGUCCUACGAAGAUUGUCUGAACGAAAUGGGAGGAGAGCAACAGACAACGGCUUUCAGUCACAAAUAAUGGAUCUCAACGUUACGUGAGAUGAACCGAAGAUGACCGACACGAGCACCAGAGAACCUUGACAUAUAGUCUUCCUACACCACACUACACAAUUGUCGUAUUGUAGGAUAAUCUAACAACUACUCAAAAAAAGCUUUUUUUUCAAGUCGCAGAUGCCCUAAGCAACAUGGAAAUUCAUUGGAGCA